UUCAGGGGUAGGAGGGUGUACGCUUACACAAACUGUUUUAGGAUUGAAUUUUCAAGCAUCUCAGAUUCAGUUAUUCAGACACUUUCUUAAGGAGGUAAAGUAACCAUGAUCAGACGGGCUGGAGGAAGUGUUUUUUUCCUGAUCACAAUCUUCCUGUUGAUGCCCAUGAGCUGGACACAGAGAGGAGCACCGGCUGACACAUUUAAAGCCUUAAACAACAGACUGAGGAUGCUGAAUCAGCAGUUCAAGAGAUUUCAACAGAUGACCUCGACUCAUCUUCAGAGAAUUGGCAAAAACUACAACGUUACAAACAGCGUAGAUUUCAAAGUUUUGAGUCAGCAGUUUGAGAGGAUCUCCAGGGAGCUGCGUUCAUUUAGAGAAACGACAGACCACAGUCUGAAUUCCCUCAAAUCCUGGACGAAGAGUCUACAGAAAAAGACCAAGAGGCUUGACUCCAGUCUGUCCAACAUGACAAGAGCGCUGAGGCAAAACAACCAUCUCAACCUCAGAGAAAUCCAAAAGCAGAGAACGGCUUUGACUGAUCUGUCCCAUAAGAUCCAGAAACAGCAAAGCCAAAUUGACUCAUUGGAGUCCUUGAGGGAUCAGGUUCAGGACGGGAUGCAGGACCUUCACACGUCUCUCAAAAAACACCAGACACGGAUAAUGAAGUUGGAGAGCCAGAUUCAAGAGCUGUUAAAGAUCAUUUCAACUUCCAAGGCUGAAGAUCCUUUUAAUUCUAUUAGGAAGCAACAUGGAGUGCUCAUGAGGCAUGUUCAGACUCAACCAAAGUCCAAAGAGCGCAGAAUGAGAGAGAGGUUGUUAAUGCUUGGGUCAACAAAACAACCACAGACUUACAAAAUAAGGGAAAGACAACGGCAGAGCACCACACAACCAACAGUUCAGGCUCACGAGGAACUAUUUCAACUUCCACUUCGACACAAAAUCCCACACGUUCAACCCCCAAAGGAAGAAGCCAGAAUUUGCAAUGUGGGUUCAAUGCUUCUGUUUCCAUCUACCUCCACUGAAAAUUAUGCCACCUUCCAGAAGACAUUCCAAACUGGAAUACAUGAACUCUCUAUUUGCACUUGGCUGAAAGUAGACGGCAAGUAUGUUGGAACAAUUCUUUCUUAUGCCACGGAAAACAACGACAAUAUGCUUGUUCUCUAUGGUCGCAAUUCUGGCAAACUGGGCCUUAUGGAUUUUGUGAUUGGAGAUCCAGCUUAUCGUGAAUUGUCUUUACCAAAUAUCCUGGAUGGCGAGUGGCACCAUUUAUGCAUCACCUGGUCUUCUAUUGAAGGCAGGUUUUGGUAUUAUUUGGACCGUCAUCUUAUAUCUAAUGGAUCCAAGUUCCAAAAGGGCUUUGAGAUCCCUCCUGGAGGCUUUGUGGUUCUGGGGCAGGAGCAGGAUUCAGUUGGUGGGGAUUUUGAUGAAGCUGAAGCAUUUGUAGGCAGAUUGGCUGGUUUUGCGUUGUGGACUAGGACUCUGAGCCCUGUUGAGGUGUCUGGACUGGCUGAUGGAAAAGGAGUCCCACGAGGAACAGUGCUCAGCCUGGAUGAUGUAGAUCAGAUGUCUGGUUCUGUUCAGCAUAUCACCUGUGAGUGUCUGGAACACUGCUUGUAAAUGCACAACAUAAUCUGCCAGAAAGCACCUUUGAAUUACACAUUGUUUUUGUAGUUACAGUUACAUUUACAUUUAUAUAAAACAAUGUUUAUGUAGUCAUGGAUCAAUCAUACUUCACAUAUUUGGUCUUACUUAACUUUUAACUUGAUUUCAACUAUAAAGUUUGAUUCAAAUAAUCUUUAUUUGGUGUACAGUCUACUUUCAGUUAGCAUUGUCAUGGUUUAGCUACAGAUGUUCAAUUGUUCAGAUGAGGUUUGCUGUGUCCCCUUUCACCUACACUGUUAAAGAGUUUUGUAAAUUACUCUGUAUUUAACUGGAAUAUGAACAAAAUUUUAAUGUAGGAUAGUUCUGCAGUAUGCUACCAUAUUUUAAAGUUGCUUUGUGAAAAUUACUGUAUAUUUUAUAGUAACGAUAAACAAUAUUCAACUAAAUUCAAUUCAAGUUUAUUUAAAUACUGUAGCCUAUUUACAAUACAGAUUGUGUAAAAGCAGCCUAACUUAGAAGUACUAGUAAAGUCCAGAUUUCAGAGUUAAAGUUCAGUUCCCAUGUGCGUGGAGCACGCUCAUGCAUCAUACCAUUAUGCGAUGCAUUGUGUGAACUAUGAGAGUGUGUCUGAGCCUCGGACAUGAUCAGGAAGGCUAUUCCUGAGUUUAGGAGCCAUAAAUGAGAAGGCUCGACCUCUUUUAUUCAGCUUUGCUAUUCUAGGUACUACCAGAAGCCCUGAGUUUUGAGAUCUUAAAAAGCGGCAUGGAUUUUAGCGAAACAGAAGUUGUUUGAUAAACCAGAGCUAGAUUAUUUAAAGCUUUAUAGGUAAGAAGCAAUAUUUUAUAAUCAAUAUAAAACUGAACAGGCAGCCAGUGUAAAGAGGAUAGAAUUGGGGUGAUAUGAUCAUAUUUUCUAGACCUGGUAAGAACUUUGGCAGCUGCAUUUUGCACUAGCUGAAGUUUAUUAAUAGAGGAUGCUGGGUUGCCAGCAAACAGAGCAUUACAGUAAACCAGCCUAGAAGUCAUAAAAACAUGAACUAGCUUUUCUGCAUCUGAGAUGGAUAGCAUACUUCGUAACUUAGCAAUAUUUUCCAGAUAAAAGAAGGCGGUUUUGUGACGUGGAAGAUAUGAUGUUCAAGAGUUAAAUUGCUGUCUAAUAUGACACCCAGAUCUUUUACAGUAGAGCUAAUGCUAACUUUGUAUCCCUCUAAUUGCAGGUUGAGUUGUGAGAUCUGCUGUAUACAGGAUUUAGGUCCAAUAAGUAAUAUACUUCUGUUUUGUCUGAAUUUAAGAGAAGAAAAUUGUUGUUGAUCCAGUCUUUAACAUCUUCAAUACAUUCAGUUAGCUUAGACAGUUCAGACGUCUCGUCAAGUUUUGUUGAAAUAUAUAAUUGAGUAUCAUUUGCAUAGCAGUGAAAGCUGAUCCCGUGUCUUCUAAUAAUGUCUCUCAUAUACAAUACUGUAAAUGAAUAUACAGCAAGAUAAAUGGUGCUGUAAAUACAGUAUUUUUACUGUAAUUGACUUACAGUAUAUUACUGGCGAAUUACUGCCAGUAAGUUACUGUAAAUUCUACAGGGAAUUGUGACAUGUACUUAUACUAUGACCUGCAAGUAUGUAUUCUGUGAAUAAAAAAAUACUUUUGAAGAAAAAUAGUGUCAAACUAUGUAAUAUAAACGUUAACAUUAUUAUUUUUAACAGCAAUUAUUUGGGACUCACUAAUUCUAAUUUUGAAUACUAUAUUUUGGGGAUUAUGCGCAAUUUGGUAGCCUAUGUAUUUGUGUGUGAUUUCAGGGUUUUACACAAACUAACUUAACCGAAAAUU